CCGAGACUUGGCCGGCAAAACCAAAAACUCAAAUAAAUCCCUGGAAACCGAUCCCAAAAUCAAAUCCCUUCAUAUUCGGAAAAAAAUAAAAGUAAAAGUAAAAGAAAAUAAUAAUAUUAGCAGAGAGAGUUUGGUUAUUUGAGAAGUCUCUGCUUUGCCUGCCAGCGUUGAUCGGCGAAGGAGUAGGCGUAGACAUGGCUGGUCAAUGAGCUGCGUUGGACUGUCCGUACAUCGUAUAAACUGUAGCCCUAAGCGCAAUGGAAGGUGGGUCCCCAGACCAGGGAUCAGUUGGGUCUGGGACAAAGAGGUCUAGUGCAUCAUCUGGCAGUAGGCCUCGUAAUCGCAAGGAAUUUCUUUAUAGAUUUGUGGACAGUGGCAUGCUGACUGCAAAACUUGAGGACUGGUUUGAAUCUAUAUCCAAUAAAUCAGAACCGAAGAAACCUGCCUUUGAUGUGCCUUUUGAAUUGAUAGAACUUCAAAAGUUUGACUAUGCUUUGGAAGGGAUUUCAUUUCAGCAGGUGAUUAGGAUGCCCAAUGCCGUUUAUGCUUCAACAUCUGAUGCUGUCGAAGCAACUGCUUAUCUUGCUAUUGAAGAUUUUUUGCAUGCCGGUGUGAAGGGCUUGUGGGAAGCAUUCUGGAGUCAGGAUGAGCCAAUGCCUUUCUCUGUUGCUUGUCUAUACGAUGAAAACUUAAAAUUCUAUCAGGCUGAGAAAGCAGUUGCUGAUGGUAAGCUUGGAGGUCUUUGUGCUACUGGUAUAUUGCUUACAAACCCUAGACAUCCCCAUGGGAAGUGGGAUCAAAUUCUUGAACUGGCUCUUUUAAGGCCUGAUAUCAGAAACUUUGCGAUGGAUAGUGACAGGCAGCUCCCUCUAUCUGUUUUAGGUGAGGCCCUUUUCUAUGCUCUACGUGUAUUAUUAUCAAGAAGCUUGAGCAGACUGAACUACUCUCAGAGUUCAAACUCAGUUUUUAUUCUUCUUGUUGAUUCUCAGUAUGGUGGGGUAGUAAAGGUUGAAGGAGAUGUAAAUAAGUUGGUGUUUGAUGUCAAUAAUGUUUAUGAAUGCGCUGCUGAAUGGAUUAUAAAACAUUCUAGGAUUGCAGUCUCUUCGGUUGAUAGGAUCUGGAACAAGCUUGGAAAUGCCAACUGGGGAGAUAUCGGCACUUUACAAGUACUUUUUGCUACCUUCCAUUGUAUCAUGCAAUUCGCUGGAUUUCCCAAGCAUUCAGUAGAGGAUUUAGCUGCUGAUCAUGGUCCUCGUCUCCAAGCAAGAAGGGCUGAGAGGCAGUUGGGGGAUGCCCGGGUGAAUGGAAAUGGUCUAUUUCGGUUCCAGCAACGCAGUGUAUCCCCUGAAAUUGUUGAAGUUAAAGAUGAUUCUGUCAAAAUUGAGACUGAACAGUUAAUGAAGCUAGAAGUAGGAUCUGUAUUAUGGUUGGAGGAUUCUAACUGGCAAAAAGGUUACCAGAUCAAUCAAGUCUUGAAUAACAGUGAACAUCCAUAUUAUAUUGCAUCUCCAGUUGAAGAUCCUCAGAAAAGGCUGUUUCUGUAUGUUGGUUCUCAUCCUUCCCAGCUGGAGCCUGCGUGGGAGGAUAUGAAUCUGUGGUAUCAGGUUCAGAGGCAGACCAAAAUUUUGACUAUUAUGAAACAGAAAGGUCUAUCUAGCAAGUAUCUACCUCAGUUGAGUGCUUCUGGCAGGAUUAUUCACCCUGGUCAGUGUCAGCGACCCAGCUCUGGUGGGAACUGUGAUCACCCCUGGUGUGGCACCCCCAUUCUUGUGGCCAGCCCAGUUGGUGAAACAGUGUCUCAGUUGAUAAGUGAGGCCAGAUUUGGUAUGGAGGAGGCUGUUAGGUGUUGCCAUGAUUGCUUAUCUGCACUUUCGACUGCUGCUUCUGCAGGGAUUCGCCAUGGAGACAUCAGGCCAGAGAACAUGGUUUGUGUCAGAUCUGCUGUGAGGCAACCUUAUUUUGUUCUUAUUGGUUGGGGACGUGCUAUACUUGAAGAUAGGGACCGCCCUGCAAUGAACCUUCAUUUCUCUUCAACUUACGCUCUCCAGGAGGGAAAGCUGUGCUCAGCUUCAGAUGCAGAGAGCCUUGUUUAUAUGCUUUAUAUUUCCUGUGGUGGAGUUUUACCUGAUCUUGAUUCAGUUGAGGGGGCACUGCAGUGGAGAGAGACUUCUUGGUCUAGGAGAUUGAUUCAGCAGAAGUUAGGUGAUGCGUCAACUGUGUUGAAAGCAUUUGCCGAUUAUGUUGAUAGUCUAUGUGGGACACCGUAUCCCAUGGACUAUGAUAUAUGGCUAAGAAGGUUGAGGAGAAAUAUAAAUGAGGAUGAUCAUGGGAAGGAAAUUGAUACGUCGGGCUAAGGUUUAUUUUUUCCUUUUCAAGGGCCACUCCAUUAGAAGUGAUCCCCUCUGGAUCAUCUGGAGCAUUAACAAUUCCUGGCUGCAAUGACAUGAAAUUUUGUUGGAAGUGUUUGAUACCUAAUGCCAAAUGUCCAAUGUGAUGAUCUGGAGUCCAUUGAUUGAGACAGAAUACUUGUUUAAAAUUUCGGAGACUGGCAUGACUGCAUCCCUUGAAGAAGUUCAAGCAUGGAAACUCGUUUACGGUGAUGUUUGUGCUGUUCCUUGCUCUGGAAAUGAUUUUGGGAUUGCUUCUCAAGGGAAUCUGCAAAGAUGAGCAUGAUUUUCAAGAAUUUUUUGAGCUUUUGUGGUAGAGUGUCCGUGGUGGAACCGAGAAUUUAAAAUUAUAUGGAUAUGUUUGCAUGCAGUUCCCUAGUACAGUAGGGGACCCCAAAAAAAGAAAAUAAUUUAUUUUUGCACUUAUGAAGAGUUUGUUUUAUAAGAGAAUAUGUGAUGUAUUUAUUACCAUUUCUUUGUAAAGAUCCAAACCAUUGAAAGUUUGUGUAAUUGCUACAUAUGAGUUGACAUAAGUAGUCCAUUGUGUCCAGGGCAUCAUUCUCUUCUGUAAAUGUAUUAGUGUUUUGGUU